AUGAGCAAAAGACUGUGUGCUCUGGUUGUUCUCACUAUAGCUUCUCUGACUCAAACUAAUGAGGUUCCUCAUCAGAUCACUUUGAAAGUGGUUGAAGUUGGUGGGAAUGUUACUCUGCAUUGUCCAAGAUCAAACAAGGAAGGAAACUUCAUCCACUGGUACAAGCAGCCACUUGGACAUAUGCUCCAGACAGUUGCUACAUCAGUUUUAAACAAACCGAAGCUGAAUGAAAAAUUUUCCAACAAUCGCUUUAAUUUUACAGCUCAAUACUCUCUUACUAUCAAGGAUAUCAUUAAAGAGGAUGAAGCUACAUAUUUCUGUCAAAGUGGAACUGCUUAUUUUCAGAGUUUUUCUACAGGGAUAUACUUGGCCGUACACGAUUGUAAAAGUCGAACACUGACUCAAGUCAGACAAACUCCAGAAACAAUAUCAGUCCAGGAGGGGGACAAAGUUAAUCUCCACUGUUCUCUUCACUCCAGCAGUAGAGACAACACCAGACAUAAUCCAUCUGAUUACAAUGUUCACUGGUUCAGAGCUGGAUUUGGAGAAUCCCAUCUGAGUUUUAUUUACACCCAGAAGAACAGGAGCAGUAAUAGUAGCUGUGUCUCCCAGCUGUCCAAAACUAUACAGAACUCCUCAGAUACUGGGAUAUAUUACUGUGCUGUGGUCACAUGUGGAAAGAUCUUGUUUGGAGAAGGAACUAAAGUAGAGAUGAGUUCACAAUUCAAUCCAGCUGUUCUUGUACUUAGUGUGCUGUUGGCGUGCUGUGUGACGCUAAUUAUUUCUCUUAUUGUAUACAUAAAACUAAAAGUUUAUGGACAUUUUGAAGGGGCAAAUACAGGCCCGUCUGGACGGCAGAAGACAUUGGGAAACAAACAAAGUAACACAGUAAGUCUGGUUGCCACAAUGCGUCAAAUUUAA